CUGACGAAAUAAACAAAUUGGGGUCCUCUUUGGCGAUAUGCUAGGUGUCGAAACGGUGUUCCCAGUCACAUUGUUUUACACAACUGUGGUAAAUUGUCAAAAAUAACACCAAUAUAUUUCGCUAAGAGUGUUUGAGGAAUGUUGGUAAAAUAGAAGUUUCAGUCGGUGUGGUUAUUUACGUCCUAACUGGCCCAGUAGGUUUGUUUUUGAACGUCGAAGGGUGUGUUUUUUUCGGUCGCCGUCAACAGCCGUAACGUUAGCGUUAGCGAAGCAAACAAGCUAGCCCGCAAAUCCACAUAAUUCUGAUAUUUAACUAAACUAUCAGAGGGAGGCGUUGAUGAGCAGCAAUGUCUGGCAUCGCUCUAAGCAGACUGUCCCAGGAGCGCAAAGCCUGGAGAAAAGACCACCCAUUUGGUUUUGUUGCUGUGCCUACCAAGAAUCCUGAUGGGACCAUGAAUCUGAUGAACUGGGAGUGUGCCAUUCCUGGAAAGAAAGGAACCUUGUGGGAGGGAGGACUCUAUAAACUCAGAAUGCUGUUCAAAGAUGACUACCCUUCCUCACCACCCAAAUGCAAGUUUGAACCACCAAUAUUCCACCCAAAUGUCUACCCAUCAGGCACUGUGUGUCUGUCGAUCCUGGAGGAGGACAAAGACUGGAGGCCUGCCAUCACCAUCAAACAGAUCCUGUUGGGUAUCCAGGAGCUGCUGAAUGAGCCAAACAUUCAAGACCCAGCACAAGCAGAGGCUUACACAAUUUACUGUCAGAACAGGAUGGACUAUGAAAAGCGGGUAAGGGCACAGGCCAAGAAGUUUGCCCCCACAUAGAGUGGAGAGCUGGCCUCUAUCCUGCCUGAGCAGCCUGAACUGAUAGAGGUGACAAACAGGAGGCAGGCAUCACCUGAAGGACCACUCCAAUAAGAAUCCACUUUUAAGUAUUAUUAUACUACUAAACAGGUGACAAGUGA